GGUUUGAUACGCUAGUGAAAGCACGUUUUGAGCAUUAGACACUUAAGUUAACGCUAUUACAAAAAGAUAACUUGAAAUCUCUACUUCAGAUGUGAAUGAUUUGCGAGUGUUUGACAUACUGAUAAUUUGACUUUGAUCGAAAACCGCUUCUACUUAACAAAAACCUCGAGUUUACACAAUCACUGCUCGUGUGGUAGAAUAUCUGUCGUCUAUUUAUAUUGAUAGCUCAAUCUGCGAGUGACACCGUCAGAAACGUCUGAUUGUUUCUGAAAUAUCAUUGUUAUCUUGUUUGUUGUUUUAAUUUAUUUGGUAGAGCAUUCCAAAGAAGUCUGAAAUAAACUUCAAUCUCAGUUUUGUUAUUCAUAUCUGACCUGACCUCGCGGACGUUUGGGAAUUGAUCUAACCUAGUGGUAAUUAGAAAAUGGCGACUAGUUUGGACCAACUGAAAGGCAUGACUGUCGUAGUUGCGGAUACUGGCGAUUUCAACUCGAUCGAGAAAUACAAACCGACUGAUGCUACCACGAAUCCCUCUCUAUUGUUGCAGGCGGCCAAGAUGCCCCAGUAUCAGGAUCUGGUGAAGGAGAUAGUAACCAGCAGUGCAUCAGUGGAAGAGGCAUUCGACAGUCUCUUCGUGGAGUUCGGAUCCCGCAUCCUCCAAAUAGUGCCCGGCAGAGUGUCAACCGAAGUAGAUGCAAGACUGUCUUACGACGUCGACGCACAAGUAGCCAAGGCACGCAAGUUCAUAGAAAUGUAUGAAAAACGAGGUAUUUCGCGAGACAGGAUUCUGAUCAAGCUGAGCAGCACGUACGAGGGAAUAGCCGCCUGUAAGAUCCUGGAGGCGGAGGGGAUCCACUGCAACAUGACGCUUAUUUUCUCAAUUGCUCAGGCGGUGUUGUGUGGUGAGGCUGGUGCGACGUUGAUCUCGCCUUUUGUGGGGCGCAUUCUGGACUGGUAUGUAGCCAACACGGACAAGAAGACCUACGAGGGUCACGAAGAUCCCGGUGUACAGCGAGUGACUCAAGUUUACAAUUACUACAAGAAGCAUGGAUACAAAACAGAAGUGAUGGGCGCUAGUUUCCGAAACGUAGGCGAGAUCAUGGCACUGGCGGGCUGUGAUCUUUUGACCAUCAAUCCGAAACUCCUGGAACCCCUCUCGUCCUCUACUGAGACAGUGACUCGAUAUCUGUCACCAGAGGUUGCAAUGCAGUCAGAUAUGCCGAAAUUGUCAUACGACGAAGCCCAGUUCCGAGAAGCGAUCAAAAGCGACAAAAUGGCCAAUGAGAAAUUAUACGGAGGCGUGGAUGCGUUUUCAUCUGAUGCUGUCAAACUUGAAGAACAAUUGAAAACCAUGUUCGAAGAGUUGAAAAAAUGAACUUUUCUCAUUCCCAAUCGUCGACUCAAUUUGUAAAAUGUAUUAUAGUGGAAUAAGCUGCAAUCUCUCUUUUUGCACUGAUAAAGAAGCAUCCAUGGUGUAUCUUUGUAUGGCAAUUAUGGUUCUGAAUCAAUAUAUAAUUGUUUGUUAUAUUCUUGAAUUGUAAUCUUACUAACUCAAGCGGAGAUGGUGUUAAAGUGCGAGGCUACGUUUUUUAAACGCAAGUCACUGUUGCAAAGGUUCUGCAGUAUAUAAGCAUAAUGAAGUAAAUAUGUUUAGUUUAAGUACAUGAUGUUUGCGAUAUCAGGCAGUCGUAGUAAAAUUGUUAAAGAA